GUGGAGGAGUGUUUACAUUUCGGCGCACGCAACUAACCUGUUGUGCGCGUAUCGACCGGCGCUCGGCCGGCGCUCGGCGGCGCUCGGCCGGGGCGAGGCAGUCUCGGGCAGUCGUCUCUCGUCGGAGGCCGCGUACUAGUGCCCAGUGGUUCACUGUUCCCCAGUGCAGUUCUUGUGAUCGACAUGCAGUUGCCGGCAACGCGCCGGCCGCACUAAGACAAACAACUUCAGAUAUGCUCCAGUCCUUACUUCAACCAAGAGAUAAUCAGCGGUGCCUGGUGUUGUACAGCGAAGAUGAUUGGUGCUAUGCCAGCUGUGGCGGUUCGCCAUGAAAGACGUCGCAAUGAAAAACGCGGAGGAGGAGGGGGGCGGAGACCAUCGCAGCUGCCACUGCAGCUCGGCCGCCCCAUGGAUGCAGACGCCACACCCUCGCCUGACCAUCAUCGGCUGAGGAAUGAACUCUACGUCUGCGGCAAGUAUGCGCAGGUGGCAGCUCUUCACGCAGUAGUGGGAUCCCUUCUGCUAGGGAUCGUAGUACUGGUGGUGGGCUUGGUGCAGCUCUCGCCUGGCGCUGAAGCCGCACAACAUCGCUACUAUCUGAUGGGAGCCGGCGCUGCACUGGUCGGGGCCGGCAUACUUGGCGCUGUUCUGAGAUGCAUCUGCCUCCACUGGUACAAUCGCAAGUUCCGUCAGGACAAUGAAGAGGAUCCAGAGCCUACCACACACAAGAAUGGAGUGAGCGUGGUCGAGAGCGGACCGGACCAUAAAUCCGGCCACCAUGACCAUAAGACCGGCCACCACGACCAUAAGACCGGACAUCACGACCAUAAAGGACAUGAGAAGCACUCGCAUGAUCAUAAGGCAGCUGACAAACCGAAGCUGAAGUCUCAAGCCAGUGUGGGCCGUGAUGUGGACCUCAUCAAGCAACCCUCAGCUGCCAGCGACACCUAAGCUAAGUCCCGACCACUAGACUAGCCUAUCUUAAGCGUCCGUGUGCUGUAAGGGACCCACGGGCCUAAUACAGCCCACAUCAUGUACUCGUAAACUCUCGAUGUCGCCGUACUGUUGGUUGUCUACUCACGAUAUUAGAUCUGUGUCUCUUGGCAAUAGUUAUCUGUGUGUUGAGCCCACACCACAGAUUGCUGCUGUUCUUGGACUGUAUUUUCAAUCUAGUCUUACGAUUUUCGUAGCAGUCAGUUGGAAAUCUUUGUUUCUCAGACUAUAAUGAAAUACUCACUUGUUUUACUUUCAACGUAAGCAUGAAUUGGGAGUACUUUAAUCUGAAAAGUUCCCAUACUUUACGUGACCUUAUUUAAUUACUUAUUCACACAGUACGCCUUUGGACGUGCUUGAAUUCCCAGUCGCGUUUUCAAAUAGUUUCACGACUACAGUCUCCGUCUGUUGACGUCACACUGACGUAAACAGUUACAGUAAAACACUGUUAUUUUAUUUGUUUUACGCCACACAAGUAUUACUUAAGAUACACAAUUAAUUUUCUCGUAAGGUAACUCGAAACAUUCUAGUAUUUAGGUUUAGUAAUAUCUACUAAAAGUAAUUUAGUGUACUUUACUGUUUACUUUCAAAAUAUAUAAACAUUCACAAUAUAAUCAUGUAUGGAAUUUGAGAAUGAAUCGCGUCCAUUUUGUGUCUGUAGGAUUUAGCGGUUCAUUCUCACGAGAGAGUGGUCAUCAAUUGUACAUACAUUGUGUAGGUACACUCGGUGACGUACUCCACAAUAUCAUAAUAAUUGGAUAUAAAAUGUUCCAGUCUGUUCUCACGUAUCCCUUACUAUAAUCUAACUUGUAAAUAUUUUGUAAUGUGUCUACAUAAUUAUUGUCUUUUGUAUUAAUGUUAUGGUAUAUAUUAUAUACAACGUUAGUUACAUAUCAUUUUAAUUAGGACCUACCAUUUAUUCUCACAUAACUCACACCGAUCAUUUUAUAUUUUAAUUUUUUUAUUUAUAUCAUUAUUUUAUCGUGAUAAAAUUUAGAUUCGGAAUAUUUAUAAUUUCUGAGUGAAUAUAUUUUUGAAAAAUUUACAACCUAAACUCAAAAUUCGAAUAGGUAUCUUAAGUUUUAGUGACCCCUUAAAGAUUUACGCGAUCGUUUUGAAAUUUUAAUCAUUCUAAACCUUACCGUCCGUUGUGAACAGAAUGGAUUUAGUAAAAUAGUAAUAAACUGCAGUUUUAAUGAACAAUAUACUAUAGAACACAUGAUUACGACCAUGUACUAUAAGAAUUGCAUGCAUUUAAGAGCUUCGUAACGUUUCAAACAUAUAACUUUGUAUAACGUAGCGAGUACCCUACGUUACUGUUAUGUUACUCUUUCAUCCAACUUAUUUAUAUUACGAAGAACUAGUUCAUUUCUAACGCGACUCAUUUUUACUUUUAUAUUUCUUCUAAACUGACUGACAGCUUAUCAUAAGGUAGGGGUUUGCAGAUAAACCCUCAAACGGCUCAUCUUUUGCUGUCCGACGUUUCGUCUGUAGCUAGACAGUGGACUCGCUUCCCUGUCGAGACAAUUUCGUUUCCAUCUACGUAGUGUUACAAUUAUAAUAAACAUUUAAUCAUUAUAAAGAAUAAUAUUACAAUAUCAAUACAAUAGCUGUACGUGUUUACAUUCGAUGUUGUGUCUCGGUGUUUUAUGAUUAACGAAGAUAUCUCAUAGACCAAUAUAUGAUCAUCGUGUAGGAUAGUAUCAGUGUUACUAUAUUAUGGAAUGCGGAAUAUCAUAUCUACUCGCACUCGCGUUACUUCGCCGUUUCUCAUUACCUACUUUACGUUUCACUUUCGAUACUUUAUAAAACCUUGGAAUUUUUAUCCUAAGAGACUGAGAAGAGUGUUCUAAAAUAAAUUUCAAAGAAAUCAUUUAUUUAUCAGUUUUGAUGAUUUACCUUCUAUAGUACUAUAAUUUAAUAGUCAUCGAUUUACACAAUAAUUUAAUUUUGGAAUAUAUAUAUUUUGGGGUCUACGGAUUGAAUUCAUCACUCAUUGUGGGGUCCAAUGCUUGGUCCAGUAUAAUCAAAUUAUGUAUCGGAUUUAUGAAUGCUUAUCUGUUCGUAUUGAAAGCACACUUAAUUUUACUCGUUAGUUUCCUGAUAUUCUAGUCUUAAGUAUUUUUUACUUUUAAUAUAUUUUUUUUACUUUAUGGGAUAUGCGUAAGAUCUAUGGAUUGUUGCGAGUUGAUUGAACUCAUCUCAUACAUUUUUGUGUACUUACUGCUUUGGAUCUAUGAGAAGUACUUGUCUCUGUCUGCUGUCUAAUUUGUAUGUGCCAUAAACUAGCUGAUAAAGAGUUGUAUGAAAAAUGUAUGAGCAGAAGUUAUCACAGGUCUUCUGUAGUAAGGUGGAAGCUACUUCGAGAAGGACGGGAUUACUGUUAUUGUAUAUUUAUUGAUUAGGAGUAAUGAUGAAGACAUUGUGUGUUGUACUGGUAUUAAUGUUUAUGAAUGUUUCUUUAAGUUCUGGGACCGACUAGCGGAUGCUUGUGUAGGUUCAGAAAGCAUGGAUUUAUUUUGGAAAACUAUAUAAAAUUAUACUAUGAAACUUCAGACUUUUCCAAAUUCAAUCCAAGUUGAAAUGAAGAUAAUAUCACCAGUCCUGUAAAUGAAAAUAGAAACAUCAAAUAUGUAUGGCGUCUCUGAGCUCUGGAUUUCAUAUGUAAUUUGAUGUUUCUGUCUGUCAUUGAGUGUAGUACACCUACCAGGCUUGCAUAAUGAGCUAGGCGUCUGCCAGUCGUGCCCACAAAGUAUUCCAUAUACCUAAUGAUAUUAAGUUCGUCGAUGUGUUAGGGUAAGAACAAACUAGUUUAUUGUAUUAUAACUGGUAACUAUAGUCUGUAAUCUAUAUAUGUAUGUGUAACAUUAUUUUAAAUAUUAUGCAUUAUGAGCUUUAGCGCCUGAAUUUCGCUUAAGGAAAGUUGCCAAAGAAGAGUAUCAGUUAUUUUUACAUGCUUUUGUUUGAUUGACUAAAUGCUUGAAGGAAUGAACUAUUGGAAAAUAACAAUGUGUCACGAUAAUCUAGUGACUACACACGUGCACUGUCAGUUGAUAUUAUGAAUUUAAAACCAAGCAUUCUGAUUGAUCAAUCGAUCAUAGCCGAAUUAUUAUAGUUGUUAUAAAAUUAAAUAUUAUAUAAUAUCUAUUGAAUGGUUAAAUAAAUUAUACAUGAAAUAUAUAUUGUAUUUAAAACGUUUUUUAAAGCAAUUAGCGAUUUUGUUUAAAUAAAUUGCCGUGCCAAAGUUAACGUUAAAGUGGUUUAACCAUAUCUUUGAAGUUUAAAUAAAUUAUUUAUGUUAUAUAUAUUUAUGCUAGCUUUGUCUGGAAUUGAGGAUUUUAUUAAACGAUGAGAUUGUAUAAUUAUUUUAGGGAAAUUAAUAUAUGAUAUCUAAGUUAUGUUAAUUGUUUACUCAUUUAUGUAAACUUUAGUUAAUCAGAACUCGGUUUAACAACACAACAAGAUUAACACAAUAAACUGUAACCGAGCAACCAAUACGUAAUUACAUUUAUUUAAUUUACUCUCGACUUACUUAGAUAAUUAAUUAUUAUUUUGAUAGUACUUUUAUAUCUGUAUUUAAAGUAUAUAUGGACGCUAUAGAUGAAUGCUAUGCUAUAUAAAUGUUCAUGUAUGUAGUGUCUGGGCUAGACUCUCGAUAAUGGUAACGACAAAAAUCUGAGAUUAAAUCGUACACUUUAAUUAUCAUUUUUUCGUUCUAAAUAUGUUACAAGACUAGUGGAAGCGAUAAAGAAUACAGAUAAUGAAUUACAUUUAGUAGAAUUAAUGUUUAAUUUUACUCUUUUGUGAUACAAUUGGAAAUCUAUUAAAGUAAUAGCUAACUUAGCGACCGAUUUCUAUCGUUACAACUAUCGAGAGUAUCAGCCCCCGGUCUGUUAUUGCAGGCCAUUCUGUUUCCUUUGACAGCGUUGUAUGAGACAUUCCGCUUUAUAUGUUUCAAUUGAUCGUCAUGUAUUACGUAUUAAUAUUGUGAAACGCAUUAGUUAGUGUUUAGGGUAUAAACAGUAUAUUAUCAUUAACAUUAUUAUGUACUAAAUGUUAUCACAGCCGUUGUUAUGACACGGCCACAUCUACUUUCGAUUAAACCUCUCGAGGUUUCUCCUGACUUCACCUUUAUCCCCACACCUAAGCUCUAUUCACUGUGAUAAAAUAAUUGUAAGAAUUAAAAGUUAAAAAUAUUAAAUUUAAAAAUCAAUACGAAUAAUGUUUGUAUAAUUGUUCUAUGCUUCCGUCAGUUUGCGGCAGUUUUUUCGAUUGACGAAUGACGAUGAAAAAUUUUAUAAACUUGAAUAAUAUCACAGUGAAUAUAAUGAUUGGUUCUAUACCUAUUGUCCAAGUACCAUUUACGUUUUAUUUGUUUCAUAAUAUAUUGUAUCUUCUAAGGUCAGAAUGAUGUAUUUGUAUUGUAUUUCUUUGUUUAAGCUGACCUCACUCGAAUAUCCCACGUUUGAUUAUGUUACACUGUAAUCCUUUAUUUUAAAUAUAUCGACGUGUUUUAUAUUAUCGUAUAUUAUGAUAUAUUUUAAUUUAUCACGACUGUGCUGUUUUAUAUCUCAUAUAUUUUAUACCGAUGUCUCUAAAUAAAAUGUGAACAAGAA